AUGGUAAAUUUAAAUGAAUAUAACUUGGAUAAAUACAAUAACUUACAAAUUCCUGAUGCAGCAAAUAAUGAAUUAAAGAAAAAAGAUUCCGAAUUUAAUGAAUUCUUAGACAGAUUUAUUGCUUUAACCAGAGAAUAUGGUAUUGAAUUGGGAGUUCGAUUACUCCAUAGCCACAAUAUACCUUUGAAAGAUGGACAAGCUAUGGUUGAGAAGUUUGUUGAUAACUAUAAAGGCAAACCUGCGUUAAUUACAUCGGCCGAUUCUCCAAGUGAUUCGUGUCCCGCAAGUUGGAUUUUGAAUGGAGAUAAUUAUCUAGUUUUUGAAUAUUCAAAUGAUCCAGCAGUGAUGCGAAUAUAUGAAAAGCUAGCUAAAGACUCAACAGCGUUGGAUAAAGUAAGUGCGCUUAUCAAGGAAUAUAACUUAGAUAAUUUAAUCGGACCUUGCAUUACUGCUAGAGAUACGAUGAAUAAAUUUAAUAUGAGUCAACGUCAAGCUUUAGUUGAAAGUACUAUCAAUAUUGAGGAUAAAUAUGUAAAUAUCAUUCAAAGUAGAUCGAACGAAGAAUCCUCCUCUGUUGGCAUAAAAACCUUAUGGGGAGCUAAAUUGAACGAGACCUGUAUGACAAAUCUUCCUUGUUAUUGUUGUAUUAAUGAUCAACAUUACUGUCAAAAAGGGAUACAUUAA